ACUCUAGAGGCGCCCAGGAGGUGGCCCACCCCCAGGAACCCCACCACUCGUCAGAGAAGCCCGCCAUUCACUGCCAUAAAUGCGGGGAGCCGUGCAAGGGGGAGGUCCUUCGGGUCCAGACCAAGCAUUUCCACAUCAAAUGUUUCACCUGCAAAGUGUGCGGCUGCGACCUCGCCCAAGGAGGCUUCUUCAUAAAGAACGGGGACUAUCUGUGCACCCUGGACUACCAGAGGAUGUACGGGACACGGUGCCAUGGCUGUGGGGAGUUCGUGGAGGGCGAGGUAGUCACUGCCCUGGGCAAGACGUACCAUCCCAACUGCUUUGCCUGCACCAUCUGCAAGCGCCCGUUCCCCCCCGGAGAUCGAGUCACGUUCAACGGGAGAGACUGUCUUUGUCAGCUCUGUGCACGGCCGAUGUCCCCCAGCCCUAAAGAAGCCACCUGCUCAAGCAACUGUGCUGGCUGUGGAAGGGACAUUAAGAACGGGCAGGCACUGCUGGCGCUGGACAAGCAGUGGCAUUUGGGCUGCUUCAAGUGCAAAUCCUGCGGGAAGGUCCUCACCGGAGAGUACAUCAGCAAGGAUGGCUCCCCGUACUGUGAAAAGGACUACCAGGGGCUCUUCGGGGUGAAGUGUGAAGCCUGUCACCAGUUUAUCACCGGGAAAGUCCUGGAGGCAGGUGACAAGCAUUACCACCCCAGCUGCGCACGAUGCAGCAGAUGCAACCAGAUGUUCACAGAAGGGGAAGAAAUGUAUCUUCAAGGUUCUACCGUGUGGCAUCCCGACUGUAAGCAGUCCUCCAAGACAGAGGAGAAGCUUCGGCCCACCAGGACCUCCUCUGAAAGUAUUUAUUCUAGACCAGGCUCCAGCAUCCCUGGCUCACCAGGUCACACCAUCUACGCAAAAGUAGACAACGAAAUACUGGAUUACAAGGACUUAGCGGCCAUCCCCAAGGUCAAGGCAAUUUAUGAUAUUGAGCGUCCAGACCUCAUUACCUACGAGCCAUUCUAUACUUCAGGCUAUGAGGACAAACAGGAGAGACAGAGCCUUGGAGAGUCUCCAAGGACUUUGUCUCCUACUCCAUCAGCAGAAGGUUACCAGGAUGCUCGGGAUCGGAUGAUCCACCGGUCCACCAGCCAGGGCUCCAUUAACUCCCCUGUGUACAGCCGUCACAGUUACACUCCAACCACUUCUCGCUCUCCACAGCAUUUCCACAGACCUGAGCUUUUGCCUCCUGGUGUGCACAGGUGGUCCCCCCUGCGCACCAGCAGCUUCAGCUCCGCCCACAGUGACUCCCGUCCCAACCCCCCCUUCAGACACCACUUCCUCCCCCAUGUCAAAGGCAAUGAGCCGUCCAGCGGCCGGAGCUCCCCUCUCCCUUACCGGCCCGACAGCCGCCCUCUAACUCCAACUUACGCUCAGGCCCCUAAACAUUUCCAUGUUCCAGAUCAAGGGAUCAACAUUUACCGGAAACCUCCCAUCUACAAGCAGCAUGCUGCCUUGGCAGCCCAAAACAAGGCCUCGGAAGAUAUCAUCAAGUUUUCCAAGUUCCCAGCAGCCCAGGCUCCAGAUCCCAGCGAGAUACCAAAGAUUGAGACGGACCACUGGCCCGGUCCACCCUCCCUUGCCGCCGUAGGAACUGACACGAGGCGCAGAUCUAGCGGCAGAGAGGAGGACGAGGAGGAGCUGCAGAGACGCCGGCAGCUUCAAGAGGAGCAACUGAUGAAGCUCAACUCAGGCCUGGGGCAGUUGAUACUGAAGGAAGAGAUGGAGAAGGAGAACCGAGAAAGGGCGUCGUCCCUGCUGGCCAGUCGCUACGACUCUCCCCUGCACUCAGCUGCACAUGCUCCGUCAUCGAAAACUUCAUCUCUCCCUGGCUAUGGCAAGAAUGGCCUUCACAGGCCGGUUUCCACAGACUUUGCUCAGUACAACAGCUAUGGAGACGUCAGUGGCGGAGUUCGAGACUACCAGACCCUCCCAGAUGGCCACAUGCCCGCAAUGAGAAUGGACCGAGGCGUGUCCAUGCCCAACAUGUUGGAGCCAAAGAUAUUUCCAUAUGAAAUGCUCAUGGUGACCAACAGAGGGCGCAACAAAAUCCUGAGAGAUGUGGAUAGAACCCGGCUGGAGCGCCACUUAGCCCCAGAAGUAUUUUGGGAAAUCUUUGGGAUGUCCAUACAGGAAUUUGACAAGUUACCUCUUUGGAGACGCAACGACAUGAAGAAAAAGGCUAAGCUCUUCUAAGUUCUCCCCCAAAUAACUGACAAUCAGGACAAGGACUUUCAGUGGCGGCGCUGCCUAGAACAUUGCAUCAAGACCUGGAAUCAUCGAUUGGAGAAUUUAUUCGCUAACCAUCUCCCAGCAGCAGCACUGAGGGAAAGUCUGAUCUCAGCACCCAUGAGCCAGAUCCCCGGGCCAAACAACAGUAACACCUGCUGAACAGCAAGGGGGUAGAAACUUCUGUGUUCCCAAACUCAGCAGUAACAUUCACACAUGACCUCUUCACGUGACUGUGUCCACACUGGGGCUUCUUUCUCCUUUAUUCUCCCCCUUUAACCGAUGUCUAACUUAGCGCUGCCUGUGCCUGUAAGAGCCGGAAGUGCCCUUAGGAAGCCCACGCGGGAAGGAGCAGCAGGGAGUCCUAAAGUAUGGAUCUGUUUAUUUAUGUAGCACCUUGGCUGAGGAGAGGCCAGCAUUGAUGUGGUAGCAAACAAUUUAAUCUUUCCUUGGCAGCCUCCCUCGGCUCUGCUGCCUGGGCCCUAGGGGAAUGGAACUCUGGGAAACAGGUAGUUCUGAGCACGUGGUGGUUGAGUACCAGCAAGGACGAUGGGAAUACGCUCCUGUUCUCUUCCUGUGUGCCAGGACCUGGUUGGCCAACUGCUAGGGGAAAAAAUUAAGAGAAAGGAGAAGGAAAAAGAAAUGAAGGAAGCCCCAUCACCCCAACCCCCCUGAACGUUGUUGGGUUUUUUUUUUUCUGCCUCUGACAAUGUGCUCAGCACUUUCUCUUAUAAACUGACAGGAGCUGGCAUGCUCACCUUUGCAUAGAAAGGAGAGGCAAAAUGAGCCUCCAGAUUGGUCCAGCUGCUGGUGGUGGGUGACUCUUGCCCAUGAGUCGUGUCCCCUGCUGCCCAUGUGGCAUCUUAUGGGUCAGGUCAGGCCCAUGCUAGGAUUGUGUUUCAGGGGCAUAGACUACGGGAAGACAGGCUUUUCUCCUUCGUAUCUGCAACUCUGCAGUAGACUGCUUCAGACAGAUUUCAUGUGGCCUAGUUUGUGCCCUGGCACUGCUGACAUGCACUUGUGUUGUGUUGAUGCCUGUGUGUAGCUCGCCCAGGGAAAGUUUUGUGAGCCUGUGUGCGCGCGUUGUACCCUCUGCUUGAAUGACGGGGCCUUGGCACAAGAGCACGUGACCCAGAUCAAGACUGAGGCUCUGGAGGGCGCCUAGAGACAGCACUGGGUUCCCCCUGCAGACCUCAGAAGGGAAGCUGGGUAGUUUGGGGCUCAGUGCAUCUGUCUCACUAGACUCCAUCCGUACUCCACAACUGCCAGUGCAAACUGGAACCCAGUUCUCUCAUUAAAAGGUGUGAACGAGGCUGGGUCAUCAGGACUGGGAGGAGUCGGAUGACGACGUGUCUCUCCAGACCCCCAGGAAAGAGGUUAGGCCCCUCGAUUCUUCUGCUCUGGGGCUCCGAGUUAAAGCCCAGGGGAAAAGCAUUUGAAUUCUUUCUCAGUCACCUCCCAGCACCAAAACGAAGACACUCCUUUGAGGAUUAGAGUGACCGUCUGUCUGGCUGCCGACACCAGCAGCAAAGAACAAGUCACACAGCAGGCCUGUGAUCUGUUUCUUUGGGUCACCCUGCUCCACUCCGGCAGGGCAAUUAAGGAUGAGAACUAGGCUCACAAGUCCACAUAUGUAGACCUGUUCGCACGCACUGCCUGAACAGCGUGUCCUGUGUAGAAGGGCCAGCUCCUCUCGGUUGGGAGGCGGGUUGCAAAUGGUGGGGCCCCCCUGUUUUCAUCGUUUUUCUCUCGCUGCUGCCCUGUCCAGCACUGGCGGCCUCAGCACAAGGCUUGUGUCACCCUGGCAGGGUGCAGGAUGGACAGUAGGGUGCCCUCGGUGUUUCCCGGCAGGAGUGAGCAGAGGCGGCUUGCUGGGCGACUUUGUUUAUCCAGUAUGGAGAUAGUGAGUGGCCCACCACGCUAUGCACUGAUUGUAUGUUACUACUCACACUCACGCGGGUGAGGAAAACCACAGCACUCGGGAGACAGAGGCCUAAGCAGCGCAGUUGCUAAGAUUCUGCACCUGCUCUGCACAAAGUUAACCUGGCUGUCUUGACAUAGGGAGAUUCAGCUGCAGGGGGUGAGGGACAGGGUCAGUCCUCCUCUUUAUGUUACGGAGAACUUGGAGUGAGUUAGAGGACCUGCCUUGGGUGCAAUGAUAGCUGAAGAAUUGAACUCCCAAGUUCUUGCAAUAACAAAAUAACAAUAACCAAACCAAAACAAAACAAAACAACAACAAAAAAAACAUCAGAACUCAGUGCCCCAUCUAACUUGGGAAAAUUUUUUUACGUUUCAUAUCAGCAUACUAGUUCACUUAAAUUGCAUCGUGUAAAAAGAUGUAUUGCUAGAAAGCACCAGUAGGAACCCUGACCGCUCUGAGAAAGGACCAUGCCAGGGUCUCACUCCAUUCCCUUGCAGAUUCCAGUCAGAAAGAUACAGGGAGGGUGAUCCGGUUCCAACUGCCAGACCUCAGGUCUGGGCUGCGGCGCCCUGUCUGUGAUAUUAAAGGCAGCCACAUGAUUUACCUUGCUUGCCCAGACCACAGCACAGGAGAUGCAUGUCCCUCACUUUACCCCACCUGCUGAACACAGGAAAGUCCCCAGUUGCCAACAACCCAAGCAGCUUCCUCACCUGGGGGAGAAGUCUACGUAUGGCAGACCGGGUGCGCAUAUUAAGGGCUAUGUUUCUUCCAGCGUCUGACUUGCUUGUGAAGUGCAUACGGAUUGCAUGGCCUAGAAAGGCUUCUGUGGCCACAUGGUAGCCUCAGUGCUUCCUCGAAAACCUCUCCAAGAGAGUCCGGACUCUCGUCGUCUUCCUGCACCACCUUUGAAAACAGCUAGCUCUGCAUUUUCAUACUCGUGUGGAGUUUGUUAUAAGACAUUUUUAAUAUGACUCCUUCAAUAACUAAACACGUACUGCCUGCUCUCUGAAACCCCAAAGAGAAAAAGUGCAGUUAGUGGGUUCUAAGGUGCAAAAAAAGGGGGGGGAUAGUUUUCUAUCCGUUCUGUCCUCUGUUCUCCCCAAACCCUGAUUCUGUUGCCUCCAGCCUGAGCCUUCUCUCCAGAGGCACAGCCCCACCUCUGCCAGUUCUUAGUCUAUACUCGGUCACCUCCAGCGUGGAGAGGUUCAGCUGGCGAUGUUUCCAAAACAGACUUAUUUACUUUGAAGCAAACACCUUUUUCUAAAGAUAGCCUCACCAGUGAUGCUGUCAAAUGUAUCUGCUUUUGCAAGUUUAACGGAGUUCAGAUUAACCUCUUUUGAGUCUUUGUUUCAAAAGAAAAAAAAAAAACCUCACGCAAGCUGAGAGCAGCGUUCCAGGGCAAGCUGCAGAUGCCAGCAUGCCUCCAGGCUGUGCGCUCCAAGAACCCUGCUCUGAGGAUAUUUCCAGUAGCUACUUAAUCUGUGCUUUCUGCGUGCCCCUCCUCAACUUGGAGUCAUGUUUCUUUCUUCUUUAGACAAACCAAGGCUUUGUAUGCUUCAAGUUCAUGUUUGUGCCCCCUUCAAAGACUUUUCUAUCCAGAGAAAGACGGUCAGGGCUUUAGAUUAUGUCUUCCGGUGGCAAUGUACAGGGAACAGGAAAAUGAGCAAGGCUUCAGCCUCUACAAGAUUGUGGUUCCCGUUUUCUUCCCACGGAGCAGAGGGAGCUGGUGACAAACAGACAUUAGAUUGCUUUCCCCUGUGCAUUUAAUGCUGCGGUGGAUUCACAAAGACGGAGGGGACAAGUGUUCAAGUGGAAGCUUUCUAAGCCGGGAAUGUGUGCACAGCGAAGUCCAGGCAAGCCAACUCUUUCUCCCAGAAGCUUGAUGAAGUUGAAUGGCAGUUAUCAUGAAAUAAAAUGCUUUUUCUGUGUCUCUUCCAAGAGUGACAGUCCCAUGAAUCACUUCCCACGAGUGAAAGAAAGACACAAGCCUGUAUGCAUUGACGUUCAGAAAGGUAAUGAUUAAAAAUGCAAAUAUCUUACCUAUGGAAGAGGAGACAGUUGUCCACAGAGCUGAUGUUUGGAGGGGGGAGGGGGUGUCUCUGUACAGAUGUGUCUGGUGGUAAAUGUGGAGGUCUCCGAGAGAUGCCAAAGACCCCUGCGUCGAAUCUCGUCUAACGUGGUUAAUGGGAUUACUUUGACCUGCUGAAAGGCCCUCCCCACUCUUCCUCCCUCCCCCCCCACCCCCAACCCCUUGUUGCUGAUAAUGAAAGCAGAUGCUCAGAAGUUGUUUUUGAGAAGCUGUGCUGUGUUCCCUGUGGAAUCGAGGAGCUGGCGUGUGUCGGUGCCUGCACACCUGGCACCCGGGCGCAGAGGAGAGCUCGGCUGCAGGUGCCCUGUCCCCAAGCUGUGCGCUCUCCCAGCCUGCUCUGCACUCCUGUUGGCAGGCAGCACACCCCACUCUCUCAUCACUGUACCCAACUCUGUGAAUAAAGCUACGUGCUCCCUC